AUAACAGCAUUCAAUUUAUUUAUAAAUACCAUGUUUUGCCGAAAAAUUACAAUUGGAUAUUUCAUUUUGGUUAUUUGGUUUGUACUUCUUUCUACUGUUACUUCUGUUACCAUAGAAGAUGCUGCGUUUCAAAUAUCAUGGACAAAUAAAAUAUUAUACGGAUUAAACGAUGAAGAUCGGAAUUCAUUAAUAGAAAAAAUAAUACAAAGGAUGCAAAACGAACCGUACGCUCAUAUGCGAGAAAAAAUAUAUCCAUCACUUGUAUGCAUGCGACCAAGUGACCGAGUUGAAAUGGAGAAUAAAUUCCGUUUAGAAAUAGUAAAUAUUUAUUCAAACCUGAAUAUUUCUAAUUUUAAACCUGAUCAAGAAUCAGAAAAGAAAAAUCUAGGUUAUAAUUAUCAUGCAAUUUAUAGAAGGGAUAUAAUCAAAAAUGUCAUAACUUAUUUAUUCGAAAAUUCCGAUAAAAUUGAUUUAUGUUCCAAUAAUGGACAUAAAUGUAAAUUACUUGGACUUGCUCACUAUUCAAAUGACAUUCGUAAUGAUUUGUUUAAUUUUCAAAAUGCGGUUUGCGUCGAAAAGAAAUGUCAAAUUAUUUAUCACAAAACUAGGUCUAUACAAAAAAAAAAAACAAAAUUAUACGUAGAUAGGUACGAUUCCACAAAGGGUACUUACCAUUACGAAUACGAGAAAGAAGACACUGGAUCUGUAAGACUAUUAAAUAAAAUAAAAAGCAGUAAAAUAAAAAUUGACACAGGUCGUAAACUUCCAUUUACAUUUAAAAAAAAAUAAUAAAUCAUUAUUUAAAUAAUUCAUUUUUACCAAAAAUAAAAAUAUGGAUGCAUAACUUAA